CCCUAGCUCUUGUAAUUUCUAGGCCUUCUCUCCCCAAUUACAAUCGAAAUCAAUUAGGGUUAGGGUUUUUCCCCAUCCAAAUUCUGAUUUAACCCAAAAUGCCUCAACGUCACUCGAAGAACAACAACGAUUUAGCCUUCUUCACCUACGAUGAGAAGAGGAAGCUAGGGUACGGUACUCAAAAGGAGAGAUUAGGAAAAGAUUCCAUUAAGCCUUUCGAUGCUUGCUGCCUUUGCUUGAAACCUUUCAUCGAUCCCAUGUCUUGCCAAAAAGGUCAUGUAUUUUGCAAAGAAUGCAUUCUCGAAUGCCUUUUAGCCCAGAAAAAGGAUAUCCAAAGGAAACUUGCUGCCCAUGCUGCUCAGCAGAAACAAGAGAAGGAGGAGGAAGAAGAGAGGUUGAUAUUGGAGAAAGCAAGAGAGCUGGAUGCAUUCGAUCAACAAAAUCACGGUGCCUUACCACAAUACAAUGACAAAAACCACAGCAGAGACAAGAAUGGUUUCCACGGAGCAAACAGUGUCAAAGUCACAUCUUUUGAAGAGGAAGCACUCCGGACAAUGAAAGCAUUUUGGCUUCCCUCCGCCACUCCAGAAGCACCUGUUAAAGUCGACACUCCUUCCACCAGCACAGUCUGUCCAGAGGGCAAAGAAAAACUCAAACUGAAAACCCUUUUUCCUAUCUACUUCACUGAAGAUGAGAGCGAGCAAAAGAAAUCCAAUCUCGAUAAAACCUAUAUCUGCCCGAGCUGCAAGGUCACUUUGACCAACACAUUGUCGUUGGUAGCUGUAAGUUCCUGCGGGCAUGUCUUUUGCAAGAAAUGUGCCAAUAGGUUUAUGGCUGUCGAUAAAGUUUGUUUAGUCUGCGACAAGCCAUGCAGAGAGAGGAAUUUGGUUACUUUGGAAAAAGGAGGGACAGGGUUUGCUGGCCAUGGGGAUCAUCUUGAAGCUACUGAUUUCAAGCAUUUGGGAAGUGGUAGCGGCUUGGGGCUUGUAAGACCUGCGGCUAAGACAUAAACAAGAAAUGUGAAACAAGAAAGAGGAAAAAAAUGAUGCCACAAGUUUGAUUUUUGCAUAAUGCCUGUUGGUUUAAUUAUCUUCAAUAACCUUUUGUUCAGUACUUCUGGUAUUAACGUGUUCAGUUUUAUUGUAAUCUUGUAAAAUAGUUAUGGCCAUAUCAUUUUCUAUUUCAUGCAGUGUUGUUGGACUGGAUUUUA